GACACGGUCAUCUCCGACCCAAGCAUGACGAUUCCGGUACACGUCACAUCAGCACUUCCCUCAUCUCUUACUCAACAUCACCAUGGCUACGCUCUUGAAUCUAGACGCCAAUGUUGAGCAUAAGACGGGCGCGGACCGCCCGCGCGUCGGCAAGUUCCGGAAGCCGAACCCGCCCACAUUCUCCAGUGAAGAGCAGCGCGCCCGGUACCAGAAGGGUCGGCUGGCUAUCGCGGCGCGCAUCUUCGAUGAUCAAGGAUGGGGCAUUGGGUGCUCGGGCGGUCUCUCCGCGCGUGACGCGGUUGAUCCCGAUCUUGUGUGGGUGCUGCCGCGCCGCAAGCCGUUGUGCUCCAUCGUGAGCGCCGACCUCAUAGGCGUCAACCUCGAGGGUAACAUCGUUGUGCCCAGCGAAACGCUGCGCGAGUAUGACCCCGAAUACGUGCCCCUUCACCUCGCAAUCUAUCGCGCGCGGCGUGAUGUGAAUGGUAUCGUGUCGGGCCACACACCGCAUGGACGCACGUUCUCGGCACGUGGUGAGACCAUCCGCAUGCUCUGGCAGGACUCGUGCUUCUUUUCAGGCCGGGUACCCGUCCUACCUUUCCUUGCUGGCGUGAAUGUCGCCAAGAAUCCCGAGGGUGUGACGAGCAGUCUUGGUGACGGCAAAGGCCUGAUCAUGCAGAAUCGGGGCCUUCUGAUGACGGCUGCGACAAUCGAAGGCGCCAUCGCGACGUACAUCCGCCUAGAGAAUCUGUGCGGGAAUCAGUUGCUUGUCGAGGCCGCCGUCAAGGGGCGCGGGGGCAAGAUGAUUGAGGUCGGCGAAGAUGAAGUCAAGUUCACAGUGCAGAACGUUGGGAGUGAGCACCACGCAUGGAUGAUGGGUAUGCCGUACUAUGCCCGUUGGGAUAAGCGCACAGGGGGCGCGCUCGUGAUAUAGAAGGAUGAAGUGGUCGGCAGUCAGCAAUGAGAGCAGGCGGGAUCGGACGCCCACAUUCGCUGAUAGUUCCCAAUAUGACAUCUUCAC